UGAAAAUGCAGCAAAUGCAUUUGAACUCUUCAUUUCAAGUUCAGGUGCAAGAAAGAAAACAAGAAAACAAACUCCUUGGUGUUUCGUUUGACAGCAAACUUCAAAACGUGACAGUUAACAUCGAUACCUUGUUUAAUGAAAGCGCUGAGCAUCUUCACACUUUACAAGGCCUUGCUGAUGAAGUCACGAUAUUGCACAAGGAUGUUGGGCUGCUCAACACGUCAACCACAGCUGAUGAGGUUGCCAGAAAUGUGUCUGAGAGGUCAUUUGAGAAGUUAAGCAAAGAUUUCGCCAGCGUCACCAAACAAGUCCAAGCUGUGGUCAGCUCCGUUGUGAACUUGGAAAGUGUCAAGACUCGCUUAACGCAUUUAGAGCAAGAUCCGAAAGUCUACUUCGAUGUAAGUUUUCCUAACUACAAAGUAGCAAACUUCUCCGAAAAUGAUGUACUGAAGUUCAACGACACCAGAUACAACGUCGGCGGAGGUUACAACUCCACAACUGGAAAUUUCACUGCCCCCACCAAUGGGGUGUAUUUGUUUCUGAUUAACGGAGUCAACGAUUACGCAGGAGACACCAUGAAGAGUUUCAACCUGAACCUGAGGCUAGAAGAGGCGACAGUUGCUGCGACCACAACAUCAGGGUCCAAGUCCGGUUCGGGAACGGCAUUUGCUAUUUUGGAGUUAUUGGUCGGAUCCAGGGUGUAUGUAACUAUAGACCAUAUCUCUCAAACUGACACUGUCAUCGGUCAGUACUUUACCAGUUUUAUGGGAGUCAGGCUAUUUUAACUCAGUUGAACAACUUCAAAAUAAAGUUGAUCACAUGUU